UAAAUACGCAUUCCCUGCAAACAUAUAUUAAUGAUUAACAAAAUGCUGAAUGCCACAAUAGCCUACUUUCGUUUUGUGAAGAAACUGUGACAUAGGUGUAAUUAAACGCUACAAAACACCGGCGUGCUGCUCCUGUGGUGUCUUUCCUUCAUCCCAGUUGCCUCUCAUUACCCACUCAUCACUUAAAACAUGUGUUAUUCUUGACAGAAGUGAACAUGGCUGAGGACAUUCAGGCAAAACUUGAGAAAUAUCGCACUGCUCCCUUUGAUGCCAGAUUCCCCAACGCGAACCAGACCAGGAACUGCUGGUCCAACUACCUGGACUAUCACCGCUGCCAGAAAGCUCUGGAUGCUAAAGGAGUGGACACCGCCCCAUGUGACUGGUACAAAAGGGUCUACAAAUCGCUCUGCCCCAUAUCCUGGAUCCAGAAAUGGGAUGACCAGAGAGAAGAGGGGACCUUUCCAGGAAAAAUCUAAGAUGGCCAUCUCCAAAGCUGUUGGACUAUAAAGAUGUGAUCUUUUCAGCUAAAUGUUUGUAUAAGUGAUGAGAGACUGUGUGGCUCCAUCACCAUCUUUCCACUACUAAUGCCCUGUCCUGUAUCUGAAUGGUCAUUCCUUAAACAUACUAUUAAGAUGUACAGCAGACUCCGUAUUAAAGUCUCUCAGGAUAUAUUUAAGUA